CCACCGUUAGACUAGUCUGCUUGGUAGCUAUAAUUUUGAUUUAAAAAAUUAUUGGAAAAAACAUUUGGUUUCAGUUUAUAGAUUAUUGAGAGCUAUUGUCGGAGUGCCUCUAUGGGGGGAUUGAUGACUGAUGGCUGCAGACCAUGUGUUCUUAUAUGGGCUGUAUUUCUGCUGUCCUCUGUCAUGGGAUACAGACCAGUAAUUAUUGUUCACGGGAUAUUAGAUGGACCCAGACAGUUUGAAAUUUUGGCUAAAUUUAUCAAUCAGUCUCAUCCAGGUACCAAUGUGACCACACUAGCCCUGUAUGACUACACUGCCAGUUUGAAGCCACUGUGGCAACAGGUAGAUGGAUUCAGAGAGGCUAUCAGACCCAUCAUGGAGAGUGCUGAAGAUGGUGUCCAUCUCAUCUGCUUCUCACAAGGUGGUUUGAUAUGUCGAGGAGUUCUUGCAACCCUUCCGACACACAAUGUUCACUCUCUGAUAUUCCUGUCUUCACCACUAGCUGGCCAGUAUGGAGAUUCGUGUUAUUUGAAAAAAUUUUUCCCUAAAUUGAUCAAGUCAAGACUGUACCAUAUUUGUUACACUACAUGGGGACAAAGGAUAUCUAUCUGCAACUACUGGAAUGAUCCACACCAAAGAGAGAGAUACUUAAAGAGCAGCAUCUAUCUCGCCCCACUGAAUGGAGAAAUAGUGCAUGCCAAUUCAACAGCGUGGCGAGACAGCUUUCUGCACAUACAGACGCUGGUGCUGAUCGGUGGACAAGAUGACGGCGUUAUUACACCAUGGGAGUCAAGUAUUUUUGGGUUUUAUGACAGUAAUGAAACAGUGGUUGAGAUGGAAAAGCAGGAUUGGUAUCUAAGAGAUGCUUUUGGCCUGAAAACACUGAACUCAGAAGGAGCUGUGGUCAAGUGUGUCGUCCCUGGUGUUCACCAUACAUCCUGGCAUUCAAACCUCACAGUCUACAAGAACUGCAUAGACAAGUGGCUCACCUAGUCUACAGAGACGGUGUUCUGUCGAUUUGUGCUACCCUGUCAGAUUUUGCUACCUCCCAUUAAAACA